UUUCUCCCCAAAAGUUAUUAUGUAGGCUGUUUCUCUAAUAGAUUUUAAACUUCAGAUUAAAAAGUUAGGAUCUUAAGUUGAUUCUCUUUACAGAAAGUAAUCUACAACUUGUCUGUUUUUAGGAUUGAGUAACGUAGUUCAAGUCGAUCAUAUUGCACCUGGAAUCGAUUUGAAAUGGAAGGAACAACAGAUUCGCAACGAUGGAAGUCAUCGUUCAAACACAACUGAGAAUGCAGUUGUAUUCAGUUAUACCUUUGCAACAGUAGUAGCUGCAGCAAAGAUGGAAACAAAAGGAGCGCCAACAACAGCAUUAGCAAAGAUUUUUACCAACUAUUUGAAUGAAGAUAGCAUUUGUGAAGAUGGAAAUUUAUGGAUGAAGAUUACUCAUCACAAUAACCAACUCUACUGGAACAAGAUUGUAUGGAAUACUGGACCUGAUUUUCAUUCCAAUGGCCCUAACACAGAGAAUAGAUCAAAACCAACAAAAAAAAGAAUUAAAGAUGAUGUCAAGUUGGAUUGUAAAGAAGAAAAAGGAAUAAUGGUGUAUAUUGGUAACGUUAAAGGAUGGCGAGAAAGUGUACGAGAGAAAAUUAAAAUCCUGAUCAAGCUAUGUAAAUUGUUUUUAAAGUCAAUGGAAAGCAUAUUUGAAAACCUCUUAAACAUGCACGUACCAAAACCGAUCCAGUACAGAAUUAAGCAUUUGUUCUUAGUUGUAAGAUAUGAGGUUGGUGAAUUGACAUGGCGAGAUUUAUUGAUAUUUGGUGUGAUGUUGUUGAUGACCUGCAGUAACAAGAACGCACAAAUACAAUGUACAGAAAUAGCAGAUGACAUAGUUGGAGAUGUAGAUAGGAUAUCUUUGGGUUUAUAUGCUGCUAAUGAACGACAAAAUGACCAGUUGAAACAUAUAAGAGACAAAUAUACACAAAAAACAAGAAGAUCUAGCAAUUUAAAGUACACGCAGUUGGACAAAGUAACGUCUGUCACCAAGCAAGCUUUGAAACUGAGCAAAAUGAGAAAACCUCCGAUAAUGAUAGUGCCAAACUAUCAGUUUAAUUUACCAAAUUUCGCUCCACCAAAUGUAAACAGGAAUGACAUGUUCGGAGGUUUUAACAACCACUGCAAGAAUACUGCAGGUAACGCCCAACCAAAUUCCUGCUAAAUAUAGAAGAACGCGUAAAUGUCAGGUCAGAUGGUUUCCAUCUGCUACUGUUAACCAGUAAACAGUACAACCUGUGUCUGGAGGACAACUCUUCCAAAGUAUUAAAGAAGAGUAUAGAAAAAAAAAAAAAUUAAAUAGAUAUAUUACCAAUU